AUGCCUAGGCGGUGUAGUGUAGAACAAUGCCAUAUUUUGAAAAACAAAAUUAAAUGUACAUUGUUCAAAGCACCAAAAGAAGUUAAUAUUUUAACAGCAUGGAACGAAGCUGUCUCUAAAGCUAAUGGUAAAAGUUCCAUUGCUCAUUAUGUUUGUCAAAAUCAUUUUUCAGCUGCAGAUUUAAUAAGUGUAAAUAACAACUAUCCAGGAGAUUUAAAUGUAUGCUAA